UAUUAUCAACUAAUAGAUUAUGCGUUCUUGGUGACCGCCUUCUAGCCAAGCCGUAUGCUGAACCCUGCGAGAAAAAUGCGUCCUCGCCACUAUGGAAAGUCUUCUGCUCGAACUCCUCUUUGUCAAGUUGUGAUCCAUAUUUUCAAGAGCAGACGAUGCACGAGGAAUUGGCUUUUCCGGGCAUGCGGGUGCCGAGCACAUUUUAUAACAAUACGUUCAACCAGUAUGCGGUCACGAGACAAUAUAUUUCCCAUGGAGCAGAAAAAGUUUUCGCAUCACCCGAAACCCCUUUCUAUGCAUCACAAGGAUAUGUGAUUGCCGAUAUUACCGGGAGUUUUACGCUCUUGUUGUCCAUAUUUUUCCCCGCUGUUACAGGUAUUAUGGCUGGUUCGAAUCGAUCAGGCGAUCUGAGUAAUGUUCAGCGCUCGAUUCCCCUGGGAACAAUUUCGGCUGUGAUUUUCACCACCUGCACCUAUAUCGUUCUGGUGUUUUGCUAUGCCGGAAGUGUCAACUCGUUGUUACUGCGCGAUAAAUAUGGGUUAAGCAUUGGUGGGCGUCUGGUGUCGGCGGAGAUUGCCUGGCCGCAUCCUCUUGUGCUGCUUAUUGGGGCCACAAUGGCUACAAUUGGAGCAGCGCUGCAAACUUUAAUCGGUGCUCCGCGACUCUUACUGGCGAUCGCCAAGGAUGGUGUUAUAGAUUUCCUGCGCAUCUUUCGAGUUGUCUCGGUGAACGGAGAACCCCGGCGCGCGUUGUUAGUGUGCCUUUGUCUGGGUGAAUUAACCAUUUUAGCCGGUUCGAUUGAUCUCAUUGCGCCCAUUCUUAGUCAGUGCAGCUUAAUUUGUUACCUCUUUGUGAAUUUGGCGUGCGCGCUGCAGUCUCUCAUCCGCCAUCCUAGCUGGAGACCGCGUUUCCGCUUUUAUCACUGGUUCCUAUCCUUGACUGGCGCUGUACUGGCUGUCGCCAUAAUGUUUAUUUCGUCCUGGUACUACGCUUGUAUUGCCAUUAUUAUGGCCACUAUUGUCUACAAGUACAUUGAUUUUCGUGGGGCGGAAACGGAAUGGGGUGAAGGAUGGAAUGGCUUAGCUCUUUCUGCAGCGCAGUACAGCCUGCAUCGUUUGGAAGGCCAAGUAAUCCAUACCAAGAACUGGCGACCACAACUGCUGGUUUUUUGCCGCCUGGACGAAGACCAGAAUCCUGUGCAUCCGGAGUUGUUUCCCUUCGUAAGCCAGUUGAAGGCCGGUCGGGGUUUGACCAUGUUUGCCUCUAUUCUGGAAGGUGACUUUAUCAAAUGCAGUGAUGAUGUCCAUUUGGCGAAGAAGUCUUUACGACGCAUGAUGGAAACGGAUAACGUCAAAGGAUUCACGGAGGUCCUGGUGGCAGAUGACACAUUGACGGGGAUGAAUCACCUAAUUCAGACGGCGGGAAUUGGCGCUAUGAAGCAUAACACCGUUGUUAUGUGCUGGCCACAAAAUUGGAAUCAAAAUACGGAGUACAAGCAUUGGCGCAUAUUUCUCGACACGCUACGUAUUUGUCAUGCGGCGCAUUGUGCCUUUCUUGUACCGAAGAACAUUUCGUCUUUUCCAAAAAACUGCGAGAAAAUACGUGGCUGUGUCGAUAUCUGGUGGAUUGUCCAUGAUGGCGGAUUGCUUAUGCUGCUGCCGUUCCUUAUGUUAAAAACCAAAACCUGGAAACACUGUAAAAUGCGGUUGUUUACCGUUGCGCAACUGGAGGACAAUACGGUUCAGAUUCAAAAAGAUUUGGAGAACUUCCUGUACGGCCUGCGAAUUAAUGCUGAAGCACAUGUUGUCGAAAUGGGAAGUGGUGAUAUUUCUGCUUAUACCUACGAACGAACGCUGUUGAUGGAGCAGCGUGUCAAACUUCUCAAGGAAAUGAAGCUAACAAAACGUGAAAGCUUGAAAAAUAACGUCCAGCUGAUCGUGGACCAGUCGCACGCCAUCAACAUAACCGACUUCCCUGUGACGGCAGAACGAGCCAGAGCCCAGAAGAAAAUCAGCAUUAAUACGCAUCCCCUCAUCAUAUCGUCUAAUGUGGCGGAAGCCCUGGCCGAGCAGAGUGAAGAGGAAGCCUUGGUAGAUGGUAUUUCGGAAGACUGCAGCGAUAUUUCGACGGUGGUUGUGAACGGAGGCGCGUCGGGAUCGCAUCUGACGGAGCCGGAGACUUCCGAGAGUAUGGAUAGCUUCGAGCGGGAGGAUUCUGCUGAGCCUGGAAAUUCAAAGAAUGGGAAGCGUUACGGAAGCCGGGUUAAGCUGACCUCGGAGUCGGAGCGCGGCAUUUCAGAGCGGUUUGGAGGAUCGAGACCAUUGGACGGCAAUGUCCGACGAAUGCACACGGCUGUGACCAUGAACCAGGUUAUUCGGGAACGGUCGGCCAGUGCCGAGUUGGUCAUUCUGAAUCUUCCGCGACCACCCAAAAGUCAUCGCGAGCCUAACGAAAUGAACUAUAUGGAGUUUGUGGAAGUGUUGACGGAUGGCAUGAAGCGUGUUCUCAUGGUGCGCGGCGCUGGACGCGAAGUGGUCACCAUCUAUUCUUAAUCGUCAAUGUUGUUAUGAUGGUUAUCUUUCUGUGAUAGUUGACUCUGUUGAGCGUUUUCGCUGUGUUCAGCUUCUUUGAAAACAAGGUUACCCGUGCUUUCCAUUUAACGAAGUUCCUUGAAAUUCGUCCCUUUAUUACGCUUUUUAUUGUUCUAAAACCGCCGACUGAGCGCGCUGAUCUUUGUAAACAGUGCUUAUUUAUGUACUGAGCAAAUGGUUAAGUUAGUGAUGAAAAUUAAAAUGCUUG